AUCACUGAAUGGAUGAGUAAAUCUCUCUGUGCCGAAAAAUAGACUUCCUGCAAGACUACAAAACAAAAGCCAGGGAAAGACAGAGAAGAGGAGACACUUCAGGAUGAUGGACAUCAUCGUCUCAACUUUCCUUUGAGGCUCACAGCAGUUGCAGCUAACCUGAACCUGACCAGCAGUCCAACAGCAGCGAGAGGAGGGAGACAGACUGGGAAUUCAAUAAUCUGCUUGCAAAACACUGAGGCACAUCAGGACGAGGCUGACCAGGGAGUUUCAGCGUUCUGGUGAUGUCGAUAUAUUCCCAUGCCACACCAACAAAUUGAUCCAGUAAUCAAGAGAAAUGAAUGAUCGGACACCCACUGAAGACACGGCCUGAGGAUGUGACAGAUAUGGGCGACAUGGGAAAACAGGAGGACGUCUUGGUUUAGGGACGAUGGGCUGCUCAUCCUUUGGUGGGUGCAUCUCCACAUGACAAAAGCACAGUCAUGAUUUUAUAAGCCUCAAGAGUUUAUUAACUUUUCAAAAGACAGUCCACCAUGUUUAAACGGUGGCUUUUAGCCUUGAUGACCCGGGUCGGCCUCAUUGUGCUGGGCCUUUGCUGCUGUUUGUUCCUGUUCUACCUCCUCGCCUGUAAACCGACGUCUCACAGCAGCCAGCAGUCUGUGCUGUGGACCGGAGGGGCCACCAGUAAGGAGGGAUACAUGGCCUUGUUGCAGGAGAGGGAAGACUCUCACAAACAUUACAUCAACAGCCUGACCAAGCAGAUAGCGCAGCUGAAGGAGGCUCUCCAGGAGAGGACGCAGCAGCUUCAGGAGUCCCUGGAAAAAGCUAAAACAAGAGGGAUUCUGCCACAGGGUUUGGAUAGUUUGCACAAAACCCCAACACAGACUGACCUGAAGGAGUUCUUACGCUCCCAGCUGAGCCAGGCGGAGGUGAACUCAGGUGUAAAGCUGCCCAGCGAGUAUGCAGUGAUUCCUUUUGACACUUUCACCCUGCGGAGGGUGUACCAGCUGGAGACGGGGCUAACGAGGCACCCAGAGGAGAGGCCUGUGAGGAGAGACCGCAGAGACGAGCUGAUAAGCACAGUGGAGACAGCUCUGCACGUCCUGAAUGGACCUCAGCAACACACUGAAAACAUCAGGCUGAAACGCACAUACUCCCCUGCAGACUUUUUAGAGGGACUGACUCGCACAGAGCGGGACAGAGGAACUGUCUAUGAGCUGAUGUUUAAAGGCGACAGCGCACAGGACUUCACGCAGCUCACACUCUUCAGGCCGUUUGGUCCUGUGUUGAAGGUGAAGAGCGAGAGCGUGAACACGCGCAGCACGCUCAUCAACAUCAUCGUCCCUCUCUCCAAGAGGGCGGACACAUUCAGGCAGUUCAUCAACAACUUCAGAGAAGUGUGCAUCCAGCAGGACGGCCAGGUUCAUCUCACUGUGGUCUACUUCGGUCGAGAUCAGAUUGACCAGGUCAAAGCCAUGCUGGACCAGACCACCAGAGAGACUCGGUUCAGGAGCUUCACUUUGAUCCAGCUGAAUGAGGAGUUUUCUCGCGGUCGGGGCCUGGACGUGGGCGCCAGGGCCUGGAGGCGCAGCCAGAAUGUCCUGCUCUUCUUCUGUGAUGUCGACAUCCACUUCACCGCUGACUUCUUGACUUCCUGCCGUCUCAGUGCAGAGCCUGGUAAGAGAGUGUAUUAUCCAGUGCUCUUCAGCCAGUACAACCCAUCUAUAAUCUAUAGCAAUCAGACACUUCUGCCUGCUAUUCAAGAACAACUGGUGAUAAAAAAGGAAACUGGAUUCUGGAGAGACUUUGGGUUUGGCAUGACAUGCCAGUACAGGUCUGACUUCCUCAACAUAGGUGGUUUUGACCGCAACAUCAAAGGUUGGGGGUUAGAGGACGUGCACCUGUACAGGAAGUACCUUCACAGUAAGCUGAUGGUCAUUCGUUCUCCGUCUCGCGGCCUCUUCCACCUGUGGCACGAGAAGAACUGUGCAGACGAGCUCCCUCCAGACAAAUACAAGAUGUGUAUGCAGACCAAAGCCAUGAGCGAAGCCUCACACGGCCAGCUGGGGGAGCUGUUCUUUAAAAGAGAGAUUGAGGUUCAUCUGAGCUCUCAGAGGAAGACAACCAGCGCAACAUGAUGAGGACAGUAAAAGGACUUUGGCGGUGUUAUUAAUCACUGCUCUGUGUGUUCUUGUUCUCAUGAUAAUUUAUGUUUACACACAUUAUUCACCUUCAAACAAAAGAUGAUUAACUGUGAUUAUUGUUCUCAUUAUGGGCACAU